AUGUCAAAUACAGCACCAAAAUUACAACAAGCAUUUUGGCAGAAAAACGAAAAGAACAGCAGCCUCCAUCCAGAAGAAGAAACAACGAUAGAUGGCUUUGCAGACAGGGGUCUCCACCUCCAAAGUUCUCAUUCUCGUUGGCGCAGUUCGAUUAUUUUGAAAAAUGGACGAUUGCCUGAACUCAUUGGGCAGCUUCAAGAAUUACUCAAGGGUGUUGACGAAGUUGAGAUCGCUCCCUACAAAUACGACAGUGCUCUUCUUGCUUGUCAGGUGUACCGGUAUCUAAAAGAUGGGACAUUAGUGUGUGGAAUAGCAACUAGUUAUAUUUCUAAAGGAGUCAGGAUUCGUCAAUUGGCACAAGAGAUUAAGGAGUUGAGCUUAUCCAGUCCUGUAACCAUCUAUAAUAGAAAUUCUGCUUCUGAUGGGAGUUUUUCAUCUUACCUAGUGCCAGCUGCUGCACUUGGAGCAAUGGGAUAUUGUUACAUGUGGUGGAAGGCAAGAUUCCUAAUGCUUAAAGGCUGGUCAUUUUCAGAUGUAAUGUUUGUAACAAAGCAAAAUAUGGCAAAUGCUGUUGCAACUGUGUCAAAACAAUUGGAGAAUGUAUCUGAAACAUUGGCUUCAACAAAAAGACAUCUGACUAAAAGGCUGGAAAAUUUGGACUGGAAGAUUGAGGAGCAGAUAGAAACAUCUAAGCUCAUUGCCAAUGAUGUAGAUGAGAUGAAAUCAAACCUUUCCCAAAUUGGAUAUGAUGUUGAAUCAAUCCACCAAAUGAUAUCUGGGCUGGAAGGAAAGCUUGAACUUCUUGAAAGCAAACAGGAUGCAACAAACUCUGGUCUAUGGUAUCUAUGUCAAUUUGCUGGAGGCUUUAAAGAUGGACUUGACGCUAAAGUUUAUCAGGAUGUUGGUGCGAAGGUAGCAAAACAUUCAGCUAUUGCAUAUGAAGAAAGGUCUCUAAAGGGUCUUCAAUUUUUUGCUGAAACUAAAGAAUCGGAUACGGCUGAGAAACCAGUAGAAAAUGUGAAGAAAAGUGAUGUUGAUACCUUCCCCAGUAAAAAAGUCAAAACAGUGAAAACAAGAAUACACAGGUCAUAUGUGGCUGGGUUUUCUUUGACCCGAGACAUCAUGGGUUCUGGCAUAUAA